GUCAACAUCCAGUGUCUAUGCGUAGUUGUUUUGCAAGAAAAUAGAAACACGUGCAUAAUCUAAAAUUUGAUUUGUAUUUAUAACAUAAGUGUAAACUGCAAAAAUGUCUUCAGAAACAGACAUUAAAGUUAAUUCUUUAAUAGAGAACAUAAAGAAAAAUCAGGACAAUGAAUCUAGUGAAAAAUCGAUUGUUAAAAAACAACCCAAAAAACAAGAAAAUAAAGAUGAAAUAAGAGGAAAACCUAAAUCUGGUCGAUUUUGGAAAUCUCAGAAAGAAAAGUUUUCAACAAUAAAUAAAACAAAAGGAUUGAAGUUAGAUUUCCAGAAAAAGACUGCUCUACGUAUGGAAUUGAAACGCACAAAAGAAUUGUCUAAAAGUCUUUUAGAACAAUUUAAAGAGAAGGAACUAGAGCGUAAAGAGAGGCGACGAGAAAAUAUAAAACGUGCCGCAGAAAACAAACAGAAGUCAGAGAUUGUACAAGUAAUAACUAAUACUGCUAAACUAAAAAGAAUGAAGAAGAAACAAUUAAGAUUUAUUCAGAAGAGAGACACAAAUAAAGCUAUAGAAGCAAGUAAAUAAAAGUAUAA